CAAAACAUUUGUAAACACAUUGAAUGGAAAAACUGUUUGUUAUUAUCAUUAUUUAGAGACAACAACAACAACAACAACAACAACAACAACAUUAGUCAACUAAACACAUGAUAUGAUAGUUACCAUCGAUGAUGAUAAUGACGAUAACAUUCAUUGAUAUUCAGUUAUGACAACAACACCGACACCGAUGAUGACGAUGACAGCACAUGUUAUGCAAUGUCUGUCAACUAAGAGACUAUUGUCGGCAUUGAUAGCACUGAUUGCGGCCUUUAUUGUCCUAACAUUGCUGACCUACAGCAACAUUACCGACGAUGUGACCACCGUCGGCGUCGAUAAGCCAGUAUCGUCACCAACCGGUCGAUUGGUGGCCACGAAUGGCAAGAGUUCCGCCGCCGCCACCACCGCUGCAACCGCUGAUGUGUUGGACAUGUUUGACAAGUUGUCGAUAUCGUCGGCGUCGUCCUCAUCGUCGUCGAAGAGCAUCCAAACGAUUCGCAACUAUUGCAACGUCUUUACCAGUAUCUCAUUGAACGACGAACUGAUGGAUGUUUCGUCGUCGGCGUCGUCGUCGGCGGACUCAGUGAUACCAGAUCUAAGUCUACGACACGUAUCGGUACUUAUCAGACACGGCGAUCGCGGACCACUGCGACCCGUGCGGGGAAUGUCGGCCAUACGUUGCGAUCCGUUUAUCGCUGGCAGCGGCGGUGGCGGCCAUCAGUCUAUAAAUUAUGAGCUAAACAACAAUAACAUCUACAAGAACUUCUUUGGCGACACAAAUCGUUUGAGACAGUUGUCGAAGAAUUAUGCAAAAACACCGAACUCUGGCUGCGAAUUGGGCGGUCUUACCCGAUACGGUUGUGUCCAGCAUCUGACACUUGGCUCACUGUUAGCCCGGACCUAUGUCCCGGUCCUGAAUCUGACCAAUCAUCGGCAGAUGAAAGUACUGUCUACGCCCUACUCCCGAACCUAUCAGAGUGCUCUGGCCUUUACCUACGGUUUCUGGCGACCAAAAUCUAUCAUCGAUUUCAAUACAUUUCCCCGUAUUAUCACUACUUAUGGCACCUAUUUUUGUUCGUCGCCCGACUUCUGUACGAAACGAUGCAAACGACUCGAAUCGUUACAGAAGUUACUCAACGAUCAUAAACAGCGAAUACUUGGUCAGCAUCCGGCCGUCAGCGAGUUGUUGGCCGAUCUGAAACUGAUUGUUGCCAACAACAGUGCCGAUAGUCGUCUAUACGAAUCCCCCGUUGCAUUGUUCGAUGGAUUGAUGGCCUACAUGUGCCACAACAGUGGUCUGCCGUGCAAUGAUGAUGACGACGACGACAAUGUCAAUCGGCGGCGAUGUGUAACACUCGAUAAAGUCAAAGAAUUGGUCACUUUUGUCGAAUUUCACGGCAAACAGAUGUUAGUUUCUGAUGUCUUUCGACAUAUAAAUUGGCUAAAAAUAUACGGUUUUCUCAAAACACUUGUCAAAAGUGUUGUCGACAUUAAUAGUCCGCAAAAUCGGGACAAUAGGUUUGUCCUAUAUUCUGGUCACGACAUUACUAUCGUAGCCUUGGCUUCGGCUCUGGAUUUUUUCGACGGUAUUAUACCGCCCUAUGCUUCGCGAGUCAUAUUUGAAGUGUACGAACAAUCUCAUGGAUCAACUACUGGUGAUAGUAGUAGUAAUACUAAUACUAAUAAUAAUAAAUAUUAUCUCAGAAUUGUCUACAAUGGCAAAGAUGUUACUCGUUUUACAGAGAUUUGUAAACUUAGUCCACAAAAAUGUCAUCAAUUCAAUAGUCGUCAACAAAUUAAUAAUAAUAAUAAUAAUAUUAAUUUGAUUUCAGUCAACGAUUUCAGUGAUUUCAUUGAUGACAAGUUCUUGCAAAUCACUCAAACCAUGGAUUAUCAAAAAGCAUGCGAUUUAUGA